AUGAAUUGUUUACAUGGAAAGCCUGCUGCGCAUUCAACAACGAGUAAUGGAACAUUCUGGUUCUGUGGUGAGAAUCCUACCUGCAAUUUCAUUUGUGCUGAUAAUGAGUGUUAUAUGUUUGAGAAGGCGAUAACGGCGUGGAGGUGUACGGAGCAGCCGCACCCGAGAUGUCGUGACCAUAACAAGCUUGCUAAAUUGUGUGUCGUGAAGGAUUUGAUGAAGGAGAGUUAUGGGAGACUGUUCUUCGUGUGUGGUGAAAAAGGAAAGCGGUGUUCUUUCUGGAUGUGGGGAGACGUGUAUCCCGUUGCGAAGCCAGAAUGUGAUCAUGGAUUACCGUGUGUAGUGCGAAAGGUGAAGAGGGAUGGGUCGACUGUUUUUCUGAGGUUGAACAAGGGUUGACUGUUUUUCUGCUGUGCAAGUGAUGAAGGGAACAGAUGUCGAUUUUUCGAGUGGGCACCUGAGGAACGCGUGGGAUGUCUCCAGACCGUCGACUUUACGAAGCAACCGUUGGGAAACAGGGGUUGUAAAGGGAACAGUAAUUUAGCAGCUGAUUUUAUUAACAAGUUUUCUGGCGAACUGGAAAUAUAG